CUCUGUUGGUACUGAUGUUGAACUCUACGCAGACCAGCUAGACGACUGGACCGUCACUGGUCAUACGGAUGUUCUGGGAAAUGGAGAGCUUUAGCACGGUACUUUAUAAGAUAUAGGUGCACCGGUCGACGCAGGUAAACGCGACUUGAUAUCUUCGGGAGAUAACCCUUUGCCGAAGCUGGAUGAACCUGCCGACUGAACACCCUGAGCCAUAGCGCUCUUGUUGAGCAAACUGGAUUUUGCGUCACAGUCGAAUGCUAGAACUCAGAUAUGAGGCUAUCUCAUACAUCGUUCAAAUCCUGUCACUGGGGUUGCCCUCAUGUUUCUUUACUUUCACUAAAGGCUUCCAUCAUGGGAUUCCCGCACUGGACAUUGGUCAUGGCGUGAGUCGCAAAGACCACGGUCAACGCCAUCGAAGAUGAGCAUUACAGAAUUGAUGGCAAAGGGGUGAAGGAGCCCCCUCGUGACAGAACCGGUUCAGGAGCCUAGAGAAGGCCCCUUUUUGGUACUUGUCUCCGGUGGCCAGAUAAAAGCACACUCGGUGAGAGGACGACGAGGCUCAGGAUGAGUUGCUGGCCGUAUGUUACACGAGUAUCGGGUGCUUGCGCACCUCCCAGGAGGAGAGGCUGGGCUGGAGGUCACGCUGUCAGUAGGGAACAACAGACCGAAGC